CCUAGAGCAAGAAGAUGCAGAUCUUCGUAAAAACCUUAACGGGUAAGACCAUUACCCUUGAGGUUGAGCCUUCAGAUUCCAUCGAAAAUGUGAAAGCGAAGAUUCAAGAUAAGGAAGGUAUUCCUCCUGAUCAACAAAGGUUGAUUUUUGCUGGCAAGCAGCUGGAAGAUGGGCGUACUCUCUCGGAUUACAACAUUCAAAAAGAGUCGACCCUACAUCUCGUGCUGCGUCUACGAGGAGGAAUCAUUGAGCCCAGUUUAAAACAGCUGGCUUCAAAAUACAACUGUGAGAAGAUGAUUUGCCGAAAGUGUUAUGCUCGUCUGCACCCAAGAGCAACAAAUUGCCGCAAGCGCAAGUGUGGCCACACCAGCAACAUUCGCCCCAAGAAGAAGCUGAAGUAGACAGUGCACUUGUCUGUGAUUGACAUUAAUUGUGUAUUAAAUACAUGAGACAGUU